GUUUUUGUAGUUCCCCACGUGCUUUCUUCAUCGUUUAGUGGUUUAGCUUUAGCUCCUUCGUGCCGAUGUUUGCAGGAGUUAAUCAUUUUUCAGUAUCUCAGUGAUUAUCUCUCACACCAGCCGAGUUCGCGCGUUUGCUGAGCGCCGGCAGUGAAAAAACGCAUCUGUUGCUUUGCUGCUCUGAAUCCGUAGUCGAUUUGCUUUGGCCUGGACACUGUGCUGGUGAUCGUGCAUCAUGGAAAACGCGACGACGAACGCAUUGUCGUACUUUAUGCUCAUCGGCAAGCUGAAGGGCAUCAGGCGGACGGGCUGGGUGUUGAGAGGUGUGCCUGACCCUGAACGCAUCUCGGGACACAUGUACAGAAUGUCAAUAAUGGCCAUGAUGAUUGGAAAUGAUCCUGAAGCUGGAGUUGACAAGGAUAAGUGUAUCAGAAUGGCCCUAGUUCAUGACAUGGGGGAGUGUAUCGUGGGAGAUAUCACGCCGACAUGCGGAGUCAGCAAGGAAGAGAAGUAUAGACGAGAGUCGGACGCUAUGAACUGCUUGGGAAAGCUAGUUGACAAUGUGUCAGCCACUGAAUUCAGAAGUCUCUGGGAGGAAUAUGAAGCCCAGAUGUCACCAGAGUCCAAGGUUGUCAAGGAUCUGGACAUGUUUGACAUGAUCCUGCAGGCCCAUGAGUAUGAAGUUGAAAUGCAGGAUCCUGGGAGGCUACAGGAAUUCUUCGACAGCACGAAUGGAAAGUUCCAACACCGCAUUGUCAAGACAUGGGUAGAGCAGCUCUACAAGCUCAGGGCCACUCACCUUUCCCAGAAGGCAGCAUGAAGAAUUCAGCCGUGCAACACUGCACGACAGCCGUAAACAUUUCAUCAGAUGUGAUGGGUAUAUUCAAUUAAAUUACUGUACACU